UUGGUAUAGCUUUUCAAUUUAGUCGAAUUGCAAUUAUCCUGUCAAGUAAACAUACUUUAAAAAAAGUAUAAGAAUAUUAUUUUUCCACCCAAAAUGAAGCGAAUAAAACGGCAUAAAAUAAAGCAGGAGACAGCGGAGACAUCCUCGUCUCGAUUUCGAGAUCAGGAAGAGCACGAUUUGGCCUAUUACAUCCAUGAUCGCGUUGAGUUGAUGCAUCAAGUAUUUUCCGUGAUAAAACCUAAGGAGUUAAAAGCUAUGGCUCCAGAAUGCGUUUAUCAUAUUACUGUUGAUGAUUUACAGGAACUGUGCACUGAGGAGCUGCUGGGCAUAUCCUCAAAGCGUCUCUGUGCCAUCCUGGACGGAGCAGACCCUCCCACUGACACAGAGUCUUCAAGCUCAGAAAAUAAUCUGGAGACCAUUUCUUUAGACAGUAUAUCUUCGGAUGAUGAAGUCCUGAGCCAGCACAGUACUAAAAAGAAGCACAAGCACCGGAAGCACAAGUCGCGCAAGCACCGGCGCCGGAGCCCGCGCGGCGAGGAGGCCGGCGAGGCGCACAGCCGCGCCAACCGCGCCGGCCUCACGGUGCUGGAGCUGCUGGAGCUGCAGGCGCGCGCGCGGGCCAUCCGCGCACAGCUGCAGCAGGACAACGCGCACGCAUCAUCAGGUAAUACCCAACAGAGUGAGACGAAACAUAACGACUCUUCGGAAGAUGAGGUGGAGAUCAAAGAAGAGCCUGCUGAGGUGGUGGAGAUCAGCAGUGAAGACGAGAAGCCCAAGAUUGAGGAUCUGCCUGUUAAGCCACCUUCUCCAAGCAAGCAGACACCAGGCAACUCCAAAACAGUGACAAAAAGAGUAAAAGAUUUAAUUGUAACAGUACCAAAGCCAAAACAAAGUAAAAAAAUUGUAUUAAAUCGAACCAAAAUUGUUACGACCGCAAGUAGUAGCGCCGCAAUAAAUAAAACUGUAGAAAGCAGUGGCAAAGAAGGUACCACUAAAUCAAAAGCCAGUAUAGAUACUGUAGGCAAAACAAAAGUCGUAAGUACCAAAGAAAAUGCUACAAAAACAGGGACACUAGAAAACACUAAUGUAUCUGUAGUUAAAAACAAAGAGCAAUCAACAUUGGUUAAUAUGAAAACUAAACUGAAAAAGAAACAAAAGAAAAAAUAUAACAAGCCAGAUAAAGAAGAAGACCACGAUGAAAUAACCUUACAGUUAUCUGAUACAGAAAAAAUGGAUCUCUUGGAAGACUUAGACAGAAAAACCUAUGAAAACGUUACUAGUUCUACUGAAGAUUCAGAAAGCAGCUCCGAUAGUGAUUCGGAAAAUGAUACUUCUCAAGAUGCUAAUAUAAUUACAAAAGAUAAAAAUGCUAGUAAUUGUGGAGAAACGAAUGCAUCUAUAGAGGUAAAUUGUAAAACUGAUAAAUGUGAUGAACAUAUUACAAAAGAUAAAGAAAUUCUUGUAACAGAAGAAGUAAAAGAAAAGGUUAAAACAGAUACGAGUAUUGAAAAUAAAGAAGUGAGCAUAGCGGAACUGGAAGUAGUAGACACUAAGGAGAACAUUGCUAAUCUUGAAGGUAAUACAAACAUGAAUAUCCAUAUGUCGUCGAACAAAAUUACGAUAAUCGAACUUGACACGAAUCAAAGUCUAAAUAUAGGAGUAGAAACUUCUCAAACUACUGAUUCUAACAAAGAUCUUGAAAACCUAAUUACAAAUGUGUCUGUAAAUAAAAGUCUGGACAUGGAAAUUGAAGGCAUGGAAGCUAAUAUAAUGGAUAACAACAAGAUGGAAUCACAACAAGCAAUUAAAUCAAUUAUUGUACAAUUAAGAAAAGACAAUUUUUAUGAAUCUGAAGGAAAUGAAACGCCACUUUCAAGUAAAUCUGUUAUUAUUACAGUUGAUAGUGAAAAUACUGAAGGACCGAGAAAUGAAAAUUCUUAUGGAGAUAAAACAAACAAAAACAUAAAAUCGCUAGAAAAUUCAAAUAAAAGUGAUUCUUAUGCAACUGAUACAAAUGAUACCGUUGAGUCUAUGGAAGAAGGAGAAAUAACUAAUACAGAUAAAUAUUUAUCUGAAGGAGAGAUCGUAGAUCAAGAAGACGAAACACAAACUCAUAACACACAGUUCAUUAGCAUAUCAGAUGUAGUGUGUGUGUCAGAUGAAGACGUAGAUAAGCGUAAAAAGAAAAGAAAGAAAGAGAAAAAGUCUAAAAAGGAAAAAAAAUCCAAGAAAUCCAAGUUGGAUUUUCAUGAAGGUGCCGACCAAAACUUUUUUAGAGAAGACGAUGUAAAUAUAGUUGUAAUUGAAGAAGAUAUAGAAAAAAUUGACGUACACGAAAAAACGGAAAGCAAUCGUAAAGUUGUUGAUAUUCAUGAAAAUAGUAGGAAUAUUGAUGAUAGUAUCGUAUCUUUAGAUGAUGAUGAAGAUGAUAUAUACGAAACCUUAGAAAUUUCUGAUGACUCUUCAUGCUAUGAGGUUGAAGGUAUUUCUGUCUCUAAAGAGCCGACUGCAGCAGAAAUAGUAGCUUUAUCUGCGAAAAUAGAUGAAAUACAAACCAAUGAAUUAAUUUUUAUAAAUGAAAAAGUUGAUAAUGGUGAAAAUAACGAAAGCGUGAUAAACAAUACGGAUAUUGGUGAAGAAAUAGAAAAUGUGUCAUGGCGUGAUCGCUAUUUAGGGAGCAGAAAGGUCAAAAGAGUUUUAACAACGUCAAAUAUACUGAAUGCUUUAAGAAAAAAGAAUAAAGAACUAAAAAGAAAACUUGAGGAAUCAAAAGAGAAGACUCAAGUAGUUACAGAGGAAGAUAUACCAGUAUUAGCAGAGAUAAAUGAUUUUGUAGAAGGAUCCAUUGAACAUUUUAAUACUUUACAAGGUUCUUCAAAAUACGUAGACCCCGUCAUUUCAGAAGAACCAAAAGAGACUAAUAAAGAUCCAGAAGAUAUAAGUAAAGAAUCGGGAGAAAAUACAAAUACAGAGGGAAUUGAAAGAAGUGUCAAACAAGUUACGAAAGAGAUGGAAAAAGAUGCAAAACAAUUGUUGAAAAUGUACAAAAGGCUACUCAAAUACAAUGAUAUUAAUAAAAAGAAAGAUCCGAACAAAAAGAAGAAGAAAAAGCAUAAGAAAAACAAGGUAAAGGACACAGCUUUAAAGGCGGGAGCAGACGUGUAACACGCAAUGAAGAAGUCACUAAGUAAAUAAAGCUUGAAAUGUCUUCCUGCCUUUCCAAAAAUUAUAUACAACUUUAAAAAAUAUAUUAUUGUCUGAUAUUAUAAUCGAAAGUGACCAUCAUUUUCGUUGGCUGACUGUU